GCGCGAAAUUGUUUGUGUUUUGAAUUUUUGUCUCGUCUAAAAAAUCAAUUUUACAUUAAAAAUUCCCCCAUAAAAACAUGAGACCUUACGUUUCAAUGGUUUGGGACAAGCUCCCGUACGAGAUGAAGCAACUAUUGGUGCAUAAUGUGAUGUUUUACAUUUUUCCGCCACUCAUUCAGAUUCCCUUAGCUGAGUUUGAGGACUUGGCUAUGGAUCGCUUAAAAAUGUUGCGCAUCGUCGAGUCUGCCUCCGCAAAAUACACGCCAAUGACGCAGGAAUGGAAAGACUCCGUGCUGCGUGAGAUGCUUGGUGACGGAUUGAAGAUUUAUACGCGACUUUUCAAGGGAAACGGAAGUACUCCAGCUGAUAUGGAAGCAAGACGCAAAGAUUACUUGUCACAUUUCAUCUUGCGGUUCGCUUAUUGUCAAAACGAAGAGCUUCGACGUUGGUUCACGCGACACGAAGUGCUGUUAUUCCGCUUUAAAUUCAGCGAGUUGUCCAAAAACGGCGUCGCCGAGUUCAAAGAAGCCUAUAAUUUGUCGUACAAGACAAUUUCGCCCGAGGAGAAACGCGAAAUUCGUGAUGGAUUGUUCGAAAGUACCCGCGAAGAGUCAAUGUUCAAAAUCGAGGAGAUGGAUUUCUACAAAGUGCCUUUCACGGAAGUUUUGAAUCUGGUCUCGAACAAACAUUGUUUCGUCCAAAAGGGAUUCGCCUACGUUAGUACGGUAGAUUUUGUUCACAUUGUAUCGGCCAUUUAUGAAAAUCUCACGGUCGAGGGAUUGUUCGAACAGCUCAAAAUUUUGCCGUAUUUGGAAUGUGAGGAGCGUUUGGUGGAUGUCAUGAAAAAAGUGAACACCACAAAUACCGGCAAGGACUAUGCACUUGGCGAAAAUGACGUCGCAAUCGAAAAUUUGGACCAAUUAUCGAAGAAAAGUUAUCCGUUGUGCAUGCGAAUGGCGCACGAACACUUACGGGCGACACACAAACUCAAGCACAAUGGUCGCUUGCAGUACGGAUUGUUCCUCAAGGGCAUCGGCGUCACGUUGGAAGACUCGUUGCGGUUCUGGCGCGCUGAAUUUUGCAAAGUUGUCGAUCCGGACAAGUUCGAGAAGGAGUACAGUUACAACAUUCGCUAUAAUUACGGCAAGGAAGGAAGUCGCACGAACUGGACUCCAUGGUCUUGCAUGAAAAUAAUUAAUUCCGCAUCGACUGGAGGCGAUUGCAGCGGUUGUCCGUACAAACUUUACUCUCCGGCAGACUUAAAACCCAAACUUAUGUCAUAUGGCUUGUCAAAUUUGCAUGCCCAGGAGGUUGUCGAGUACGCGCAAAAGGGACAUUACCAACUUGCCUGCGGAAAAUACUUCGAUAUCACGCACAAUCACAAACUCGAUCAAGGCAUCAACCAUCCAAAUUCCUAUUUCCAGAUGAGUCAAGAGGUAAUGGGAGCUCGACAACCGAAAAAAGCUCCCGCCACGCCAAAUACGCCAGCUUCGACGCAAAAACAACGCAAAGAACUCAUCCUGAAGAAGAAGAGGAUGCACCAACAGAUGAACGACGAAGAUGAUGCCGAGCUCCUGCGAGUGUCGCAAAUCGAGGAAGCAGCGUAUUUUGCAAAAACGAACCAAAAAUUGCCGGAAAAUGGGGUAGAGGAACAGAAAUCUUCAGAGGGGAAGGAAAAUAAUGCAACUGCCAAUAAUAUGAGCAGCUGGGAUGAUGACGACUUUGAUGUUUCGCUUCUUGAUGAAAGUAUUGCCAUGCAAUAUUAAGGAAAUUCCGUCGUAAUUUGUAAUUUAAAAAACGAAAUAAUCUUUAAAUUAAUAAACAUUCUUAUUCUCUAACGUACGAAAGGCAUUACGCAUGUGAAGUGAGAGAGAUUUUCUUCUCGGCACUAAUACCAAUGUUGCAAUUUUGACGUCACAUGAGGGUGUCUCAGACAUUUUUCAACAUUUUUUAUUGAAAUUUAAUUUAAA